GUGAAGGGAGGGUGGAUGUGGCAACCCCAGAGGGUGUGGUGUUGCAGAGGUGUGGGCGUGUCGACCUAGUAGCCACGCCUCCUAACUCCCCAGCACACCCCCAUGGUAACUACCUGCCCCCAGAAGCCUUCACUGAUCACCAAACACAAGAGGUGGAGAGGCUGUUGGUAUUCUCCCUGGGACGGACACUAUGGACAGUGGCCAGCCAUGGUGCCAUCACUAGUGGCUCUGGUGGGCCCAAUGGUAUUCUUCAGGGAGCCACCACCACCACCAAGCCGAAGCUAUCGUCCAGUCUCCGGUCGACACUGUCUGCCAUGACCCAUACUCUCCAAGAACAUAGACUCACACUUGUUGAUAUUUUUCAGCUAUUAGUAGAGCGUUUAAAUAGCCGGGAUCGUAUCAACUACACGGCUAUCAUAAGAUCCCUAUAUGAAGAAGUGUUGGGUCCUCCACGACCACCACUUCAGCCACCUGAUCCAGUUGUUGCGAGGUGUAGGUCUUAUUCGGCUCUUGAGACCACAAGACCCUCAACUGGUAGAAGACCUACGUCACUGAGUUUGAGUCUAUCACAACACUCGACGAGCAUGGAGGACUUGAGGUCUCAUCGUUUCUCACCUGGAUCCAAUAAUCCUGCAUCGAUAACUCGGACACAAUCAACAAACAAUUAUUCCACACCACGACGUCGAGGUGUUACCGGUACAUCAAGCAUAAACGACUCGACUCUGCGUAUAUCCUCCUUCAGGACGUCCACCAGAUUGGCAGAUGAUUUGUUUAAUGAAAAUCCCCAGAAGAACCUUUUAACAUCCAAAAGGAACUACCACUCAAUGGAUACAAUAAGUUCGGCAAAAGAAAAUAUAAUGCCAAGAUCCAUUGGAGGGAGUGAGAUCUCAUCCAUGGGAGGUACCAUGAAUCCUAUCUUGGAGGUGUCAUCAGCUCAGUCAUCACCAACAAAGACACCUCCAGAAAAUGAUUCGGAAAAUGCCUUUCCUUACAAGGAAUCAAGAACUACAGUAACAGUUAGCAGAAGUGCAACAGUAGCAGGCACUAUGAAGACCCAAGUCCUGGAGGUACACAAAGAAGGACUCAGCAAACAGAAAAAGAUUCCACCAAAGAAGCCACCAAGAUCACGGGCCAUGUCUGUGGACAAUCUUCUCAAUACAGAGACAGAAUUAAGACAGAACUUCUGUGAAUUUGUUCCAAAGAAGAGACGUAUGGUAGUACGCACCCCUUCGCGCCUCUAUCAUUUUGCAGAGAGCAGUGCAAGCUGCAUAGUGGGACACGUUAAUACAAAAGUAAUACCACCAAUCCUUGGGCCAGAAUUUGUUGUGAGAAGCAAAGAACCAGCUAAAGUUCUGAAUUUAUUGCAAGAUACACAGCGAGGCACGGUGAAGAAAGUGACAGUGAUCCUGGUGACUGGCAGGAAGCUGGAGCUGACCUGCGACCCGGCUGUUGCCCGGGUCAGCCACAUUCUCCAGGCUGUGUUCCAAGAAGAAAAGUUACCACUACAACACCUGCUGGGUCUAGCUGUGUUGGGCAGCGGCGAGUUUCACUUUGUGGCGCCGCAAACCAAACUGCAUAAAGUUUCUCCCCCGGGAUGGAAGGAGCGGCAACCCACGAAAGACGGUCUUAUUCAGAACAAUUUUACACUACACUUGAGGUUCAUAUACUAUGUUAGAUUCAAUAAUGUGGAUGAAAUGGAAAGCAUGGCCAGGCAGCUGCUGUAUCUGCAACUAAGACACGAUGUGUUGGAAGGUCGUCUUCCAGUCCCACCAGAUGCUUUGCUUCAUCUGGCAACCCUUGCUCUUCAAGCAGAGUUUGGCGAUAAAAAAGAACAGGAUGUGAGCUACUUUCUUGCUGAACAUUAUGUCCCCGAGUCACUACUUCGUGGAGGGCAGGUGAUGGCGGUGUCACAACAGCUGCACCAGAGCCACGCAGCUCUAGCUGGUCUCCACUACACACAAGCUCAGGUUCGCUUCAUCACUUCCCUGCAGGACACGCAACACUACGGCACGCACUACUACCAUGUCACACAGGACAAAGGGCGUCAGCAGUGUUGGUUGGGCAUCGGGCGUGAGGGCAUCCUAGUACUUGGCAGUGGACCUCUCACUUCCGAGGCUGUUGCUCGAGCUACCUUCCACUCUUGGCCCUCGGUCAAGAGGGUAUCGUAUACCACGCAUAGGCUAACCAUUGCUAUACGUGGAUCAGACAAAUCAACAAAAAUAAAGUUGAAUUUACAAGAAAACAGGAGUCGUUAUGUCUUCUACCUGACUACAGUUCACCAGGGUUUCCACCGUGAUGCUGCCACCCUAAACCAGCUAUCAUUGUCAGCAGGAGGGUCUGGUUUGCCAGUGGAACUGGUUUCUUCCCAGCAGGACUUUCACUCACAAGCCACCAGCAGUGCCUCUUCAGCCACCACUACUGCUCGGACUAGCCUGUCCUCGGCCGGUACUGCCGACGAUGUUUCAUACGGGGGUCACUUGACCGAGACACCUGGGUCUUUAGGAAAUAUCCAGGGGGCAGAAGAUGAACACAAAGAUGUUCCAAAUACCUUUGCAGGUUUUGGGAGAGAGAAAAACAGUGAAGCAACAUCCUUGUGGCCAAUAGUGUUGGGAGGACAAAAGUCAUCAAAUAGUUUAUCCAGAGACAAUUUCUUGUCAGAAAUCCUAUGGCGAAGUGGUGGAGAAGAGACUGAUGAGGUCUUUUCCAUUGAAAACUUGGAGAAUGAACAACAAUUUCAUCGACAAGAAGAAAAUACUGAAGCAAGUGCAGUGAAAACUUUAGUUCCAAGAGUGUUCCAUCAGCGGUCUAAGAGUAAUAUAGAGAGCAGCAGCACGGAAGGGUCAGGGGGCAUCAGACCAGAGCUCACCCGGGAGUUUGUUAGUGACGAAUCACUCCUUGCUUCGCCCAAGAAGGGCCAUGCUGUGAGGAUGGGGACCCGAGUGUCUGCGGCGGCACUACAAAAGCGUCGCCUGCGAAGUGCGGAGGCUCUUCAGCAGCAGCAACAGCAGCAUCAACAGCAGUUCCACCAUCUCCAUCUCCAACAUCUGCCAAGCCUGCAUGAGCUCAACACCAGCUCUGCAGCUGUGGUUGUUGAGCCGUCGCUGCGGAGUGUGGUGGUGGAGGAAGAGGAUUGCGUGAGUGACUCGCUGCUGGAGAGGUUCCUGCAGUGCCCCAGUGGAGGAGGACAGGGCUGCGAGCGACGGCUCCGUUCCAUCACCCUGACCAAGGAGGAAGGCUCCCUGGGAGUGAUGAUCGCAGAGGGCGCGGAUCAUGGCCUUUACAUCCAGGGCGUCUCCCCCGGCGGCCCGGCGGCCCUCGAGGGCUCCCUUCAACCUGGUGACCGCGUGGUGGGUAUCAACGGGAGGAGUGUGGAGAACCUCUCGUACACGGCGGCCGUCGACCUCCUUCGUCACAUCUCCCACCAGGUGACUCUCCUCGUCUCCCAGCCUGCAGGGCCUCCCACGCCCUCCCAGCCUGCAGGGCCUCCCACUACGCCCUCCCAGCCUGCAGGGCCUCCCACUACGCCCUCCCAGCCUGCAGGGCCUCCCACUACGCCCUCCCAGCCUGCAGGGCCUCCCACUACGCCCUCCCAGCCUGCAGGGCCUCCCACUACGCCCUCCCACCGCAAGUCCCCACGCCUCGCCUCGCCCAGGAUACGGACUACUGUAUCUACCCGUCAGACUCAAGAAACUCCUUUGACGUCCACCAUGCCCACAGCCCGCGAGGACGCCAGUAGGCUGCCCACAGCCCGCGAGGACGCCAGCAGGCUGCCCACAGCCCGCGAGGACGCCAGCAGGCUGCCCACAGCCCGCGAGGACGCCAGUAGGCUGCCCACAGCCCGCGAGGACGCCAGUAGGCUGCCCACAGCCCGCGAGGACGCCAGCAGGCUGCCCACAGCCCGUGAGGACGUCAGUAGACUGCCCACAGCCCGUGAGGACGCCAGUAGACUGCCCACAGCUACAGCAGCCCCAGACAAUACUAGCAGACAGGCUUCAAGCUCUGGUGAGAUAGGUCAGGCGACGAUAAGAGCUGUCGGUGGGGUGGUGACCUUCGCGCGGGAAGUCAGGUCGGGCCCCGUUACCGUUAUCACCAUCAACGCCAGCUCUCCCCCUCACCACCCAGGUCCCUCUGAUGGUGAUGACGACUCGACUAUAGUGUCAGCCUCGGGCGUCAUCACCCUGGGCCCCCGCCUGCCCCCCGUGCCUUCUACUGCUCCUGCUACUUCUGGUGUUUCAUCUGCUCCUGCUACGUCCUCUCGAAAUUUAAAGGAGAACCCAGUUGUAACAGGUCGUCGACCAGUUCCAGCACCUCGUCGCAGUCUGGGAUCAACUAAGUUCUGGGUCGGGGAACGAAGCCCUCCAGAGAGUACCACCAGGGCCGCCACUGAGAGCAGGAGCUCCUUGUACCACGCUCAGCUGGUUCAUAGUGACAGUCCUGAAAACAUCUGCACCUUGGUCCACUCGCGGGAAACUACUCCUAUUGAGAUCUCUUCAACUGCAAGACAUUCUUGCUGUACUUCCUUUGAAUCAUGUACCACCGAUAAUAACUCCGUUCUUAUUAAGGCAGACGAAAAUAAAGGUUCAAAACAUUCCAGUACAGAGUUUAGUGUGGACCUUUGUCAUGGUGAAGAGCGAAGUAUUUGUCUAGAAUCUUGUGGUGUUGCCAGCGGCCACGUGGGUGGUGAAUCCAGCCUAUCCAUCGUUGUUGAUAGUGACAAUGUGAGAGAUGGUGCUGACCCAGCUGGCCUCCAGCCCCUUUAUGCCAGUGACUGUGACUCCAGCUCCUCGCAGCAGUCAUCAUCAUCACUCGUGCCAUGGCAGGGCUCGGCCGAGUGCCUAGUCGCAGAGAGACACUGCCACCUACAUGGCCUGCCCCUCUUAGUGCCGGAGGACACCAUGUUAGAUCGUGUAUUACGCUGUUUUAAUUCCACCAACGUCGUUCAGUCGAGGCACAGUCUCUUAUCCAGUUUGCAGGGGUGCCAGAGUGAAGGCGAGGCCACCAACACGCACCAGGAGGAGGAGGAGGAGGAUCAGAUGAUCAAGCUGUACUGGGAGCGCCAUCCAGGUAUUGACAACUGGCGCCCUGACCUCUUCUUCCGCGACUUCUCGCUGGAAGAAGAGCAGUUUCCUGAGUCGGAAGUGGGGAUUGUGAGCUCUGCGGCUGACCAUCGCCACCUGUGUCCCACCACCAUAUACACCGCCCCCACGUCCCCCGAAUCAUCACUACCACCACGCUACUCGGACCCGAUAGCAACGUCGGGUCCGCAUGCUUUUCGAUGUGUUAAAGUAUGUUCCUCGUCGUCCUCGUCUCCUGUAACUGAGGAUGUCAUUAUCACGCCCCCAGAGGAGUUCCGCAAGGAGCGGGAGUCCCAGCAGAUGCAAGGAGAUGUGGGGACCACAGGUGUGGAAAUAAGAUCCGGAAAUUUUUGCUUUGUGACGGAGUGUGAAUACCGACGGAGUGUGCAAAGUGGUCGGGAGACCUGGAGAGAGACUGUACACCAGGAGGAGGAGGAGAGGGAGAAGACGGAGGUAGGCUGUGGCCACAAUGGAAGGGCGACUCCCGGUACUACUCGAGGUGUGGCCCCCACCGCCAUACCUGAUGUGGUCUUCAGUAGCCAGGAGCAUCUGUCACGGGCUCUCUAUCUCGAGGGACUCUUGGUACACAAUGCCCAGCUCUCACACCACCCAGCUACUUCAUCACACAGAUCGAUCACUCCCUCACACCAGUCAGCCACUCCCUCACACCAGUCAGCCACUCCCUCACACCAGUCAGCCACUUCCUCACACCAGUCAGCUACUCCCUCACACCAGUCAGCCACUCCCUCGCUCCAGUCAGCCACUUCCUCACUCCAGUCAGCCAGUCCCUCACUCCAGUCAGCCAGUCCCUCACUCCAGUCAGCUACUCCCUCACUCCAGUCAGCCACUUCCUCACUCCAAUCAGCCACUCCCUCACUCCAGUCAGCCACUCCCUCACUCCAAUCAGCCACUCCCUCACACCAGUCAGCCACUCCCUCACACCAGUCAGCCACUCCCUCACUCCAGUCAGCCACUCCCUCACUCCAAUCAGCCACUCCCUCACUCCAGUCAGCCACUCCCUCACUCCAAUCAGCCACUCCCUCACUCCAAUCAGCCACUCCCUCUCACCAGUCAGCCACUCCCUCACACCAGUCAGCCACUCCCUCAUAUCAGUCAGCCACCUCCUCACACCGUCCAAAAAGAUUAACACGAGAGCUUACUGGUAUUUCCUAUGAGCCAGAAGAGGCCUCAGUUUCAUCAUCAGUUGUGUGGCAGCGGUUGCCUGGUGCCACACUCUGCUCCUCCAGGCUGUGGCAACAGUCGCCCGAUGACGGAGCGGCAGUCAAGACUCGCAGUCAUGCUCCAGCUGGUGACAUCCUCAAAGAUACCAGUCAAUCUGAAACUGGAAUUAAUUGCAACAGCCUAAGAAUUGAAGGAAAAGUCUGCGAAAGCUCCUCGAAACGGAAGAAGACGGAAAUGUCGGUAGAGUUGUCAUAUUCGCGCACAAGAGACCAGGACGGGUCAACGGAUGGUUGUAAGGACGCAGCCGCCAGUCAGACGGGACGGAGGGAAACAUGGAGGGUCAGUGUGACCGAGGACGUACCUUCAGAGAGUGACUGCAACAGUGGUAGCACAGGUACCACUGGUACGCCACCCCCAGUUAACUUCACCACUCAUCCUCUAUCUACCGAAAUGUAUAAGGCUCGUAUAAAUGUUGGCGACGGAGCCUUACCAUUGUCUCAAAGUGCGCCUAGGGUUGGUGGUGCAGGGGGACUCGACUCUUACAGUAGUUCUCCCUCGAGACGCAAAUCUCGUUUUCUGUCGACGAAAAGUGAGAGACGUUUUCUUUUACACAAAAUGUACCCAGACUCUGAUAGUGAGAGCGAAGACUCGUGUCCUUCCCUGGAGCUGAGAGCUAAAACUAGUGCCCUAUCUCUUGAUUCUGAGAAAAGUGAAGAAGUUGAAUUGUUCUUGAACAAUCCAGAAUCAAUGGUGAUAAGUAAAAUUAAUAUGGAUCGUUUGUAUGAGACUAACACAGACUCAACAAGCACUGAUGAAUCCAGUAACACUAUGAAGAAUCCAGUGCCCUUCAGGUUAGACUUCGAAGCGUCAUCGCUUUCAGCAUCACGUCCGGACUCUUGGGAAGGUGGCGGGUCCGCGGUGGCCGCCGAGCUGCUGAGUCUCCAGGACGAGCAGUUUGUGGGCCUUCUGCCAACACUGAUGAGUGGCCUCGACCUCCACCUCAAGGGCGACCCUGCCACCAUCUGCUCUAAGGAUGACCCUGCCACCACCUGCUCUAAGGAUGACCCUGCCACCACCUGCUUCAAGGGCGACCCUGCCACCACCUGCUUCAAGGGCGACCCUUCCACUACCUGUUCCAUGGACGGCCCUGCCAUCACCCAGCAAGCGGACCCUAGCCACCAUGUCAACACCGCCACCUCCGAGUGGCGGUGCCGGAUGUAUGCAGGAGCCAGCAGCAGCAGCAGCAACAGCUCCUCUUUGGCCACGUCCCCCUCUGCUAGCGCCGCCCCCACACACUGGGCAAGCGACGAAGUGCUCGAGGUCUUCUACACUUCCGCCGACUUCGUCAGCAGCCCAAGACAGCCGGGUGACCGGGCGGCCUCAGCGGGCGGGAAAGCCAAGAGGAAAGGUGCGAGUUAUUUGGACACUGCCGCGCCUGGCCGGAAUGUGCGCAGUGCGGUUAGCGGUCAGAACGCAAAGGGAAAACAGCGGCGAAUAUUGGUGAACGCCAGACGGCCUCGCGGCAGUGUUACCGACAGUGACAGCGACAGUGACGAGGGGAAGAGCAGUGACUCCUGCAUGUGUCGCCCACCUUCCUCCUUACCUAGUGAGGGUGAUGGAGGGGCGCACAUUGUGGAGCUGAUUGAGGCUAAGCGCAGUCGCAGUGUCCUGGGCGUCUUCGACUUCCGUGGGCGCGAGGGGUCACGUGACGCGUCGGUUAUCUCCAGUUACCGCGACCCGGUCACCCCCAGUGAAGCAGUUCUGGGGUUGUUCCAGGAGCAAGAGUCACCGCCCAAUACCCUCGAUGUACCGGCUACUCAAGAUGGCACCAACUGUUCUGACUCCUCGAUGAGUUUCCAUCAAGGAGGGGAAGUCAUGUGCACCAACACCAAGACAAGGGAGUCCGGACUGAGCAGUCUGGCAGUGAAGGGAACUGCACAAGACCCGACGAGCCUGAGCGAGUCAACGACACAAGCACAACACGACGGUUCAUCCCUGGUGGGACCUGUCAACCAUCCCAGCCACAGCAUCAAUCACCAAGCAACUAUCCCGAGACACCAGAGGCCUCCUGAAGAUGAUUUGCCAUCACUGGCAGACUCCCUCAUGGAAGACGGCAAACACCUGCUGGGGGUGUUUGAUAUCACCAAACCUGACGGGAUUAAACAACGUUCGGGACCCGGUACUGGCAGCACCUGUGUGAACAGAUCACUAGCGCGUCACAGAAUAGACGGGAAGGGAAAUUUGACUCAUAGUGACUAUAGAUCCGUAGAAUCGGAGACGGCUGGUGGGAGAGACGGUGAAUCCUGUGGUGCUGAAACUCGUGUUUAUAAAAGUUGUUUGCGAUGCAAUUUAGUAAGCUAUUCAGAGUCAAACCGCGCGGAGUGUGAUGGUGAUCAGAAAGAACACCAGGCUAAGCACCCAUCAGAACCUGAUGAGUCACUGGAGAGUGUAGUGUAUGACGGAAAUCAGAACGAGCACCAGUCUCAGCGCCCGGUACAAACGUGUAACUCGCUCCCGUGUGUACAGUGUGACCAUUUCCAGUCUAUCGAGAUAUUAUUUGUAAAAACAUUCCCAGAGAAUGACCGAGCGGACAGUUCACGUAUCGGUGAGUGGGGGUCGGAUCCCCAUUCUCUGGGGUCCAGUCAGUGUCCAUCACACCCCCAGAUACCCGACUCCUGGAUGGAGGCGCCCUCUGACGACGCCUCCAAGGACACCUCCAAGGACACCUCCAAGGACAGCCGCAACACUGAGGACGCCAACAACACACACCAACAACAACAAACAGGAGCUGACGUAGGCGCGAAAACACUCUUAACUUUGAACGAGAAAUAGCGAAAAUAAAAAGGGAGAGAGAAAGUGAAAGAGAGAGAGAGAGAGAUAAAGGAAAGUGAAGAACAGCGACUCUUAGCAUCUCUCCUGCCUAAAACUGUGUUGCCGGCGGGAUAACAUAGGAGGAAGAACAUUUUUGUCUGUGCGGCGAGUGUUGGCAAGUGUUGGCAAGUGUUGGCAAAUGUUGGCUUGUAAACAAGUGUUGAGACGCUCUGGUUCCCAGUGCCGGUGCUGGGCGCUGUGAAGCGCUGGUUCUUGUGACAGUGGCGGCCCUUGGUGCCGGCAGGACAACACCAGUGAAAGCAAAUUGGCCCCUAAGGGCGAGGUUGCCAUAUAUAUAUAUCUCCGUGUGUAGCCUAUCGUAUGGCCUGAGACUCCGCAGAUCAGACUACACUGAUCGCCAGCAUGUCUUGACAUAGUGAUGGUGUAGAGUUUUCUGAAACAGUAAAGAAAGAUUAGAAGUUUAGGCGUGUUAGAAGACUUGGGGGGAGGAGGACGGUGGUUAUAAUCUAACCGGUUAAAAGGGGGCGGGGAGGGUGGUUGUUUUGCUGCGGAAUUUGAAAAUUUGAAUCUUGU